CACAGAGGAACAGUAGGAACAGAGGAACAGUGGGCACAGAGGAACAGUGGGCACAGAGGAACAGUAGGCACAGAGGAACAGGAGGUACCAAGGAACAGUGGGCACAGAGGAACUGAGGGCACAGAGGAACAGUGGGCACAGAGGAACAGUGGGCACAGAGGAACGGUAGGCACAGAGGAACGGUGGGCACAGAGGAACAAUAAGAACAGUAGGAAAAGAGGACACAGAGGAACAGUAGGCACAGAGGAACAGAGGGCACAGAGGAACAGUAG